GAUGUCUCAUGUCCCCCCGUUUUGAGAGACAAAGGUCAGAAAGAGAGGCUUAUAAACAGGCUAAAAUACAGGCUACCGACGCGUCCAACCCUCAGUCGCUCUCACGGACACAGGAGGACACGGACAAGACGAAACGGACAAGGGACCACGCUCAAAGGACAUUAAAAGGACAAAAUAACACACUAUCUUACAUCAACACAUCAGAAUGGCUCAAAAAGAGAAACUUCAGUGCCUGAAGGAUUUCCAUAAGGACACUCUGAAGCCAUCUCCCGGUAAAAGCCCUGGCACCCGGCCUGAAGACGAGGCAGAGGGCAAACACCCCCAGCGGGAGAAGUGGGCCAGCAAGCUGGACUUUGUUCUGUCUGUGGCUGGCGGCUUUGUUGGUUUAGGGAACGUCUGGCGUUUCCCGUACCUCUGCUAUAAGAAUGGUGGAGGUGCUUUUCUCAUCCCCUACUUCAUUUUCCUGUUUGGCGGAGGUCUGCCGGUCUUCUUCCUGGAGGUCGCCCUGGGUCAGUUCACCUCCGAGGGUGGCAUCACCUGCUGGGAGAAGCUGUGCCCCAUCUUUACUGGUAUUGGUUACGCCUCCAUUGUGAUCGUGUCCCUGCUGAAUAUCUACUACAUCGUCAUCCUGGCCUGGGGUCUCUAUUACCUGUUCCAGUGUUUUCAGCCGGAGCUGCCCUGGGCCAAGUGCAAUCAGCCCUGGAACACCCAUCGCUGCAUCGAGGACACCUACCGCAAGAACAAAUCCCUCUGGCUGGCCGCCAACGCCUCCAACUUCACCUCCCCCGUCACCGAGUUUUGGGAACAUAAUGUGUUGGGUAUCAGCAAUGGUAUCGACGACAUCGGUCCUAUUAAAUGGGACCUGGCUCUGUGUUUACUGCUCGUCUGGGUCAUCUGCUUCUUCUGCAUCUGGAAGGGAGUCAAGUCCACCGGCAAGGUGGUCUACAUCACAGCCACGUUCCCGUUUGUCAUGCUCAUCGUGCUGUUGAUUCGUGGUGUGACGCUGCCAGGUGCUUCUGCUGGCAUCAAGUUCUACCUGUACCCUGACCUCGCUCGUCUGAAGGACCCAGAGGUAUGGAUUGACGCCGGCACCCAGAUCUUCUUCUCUUAUGCCAUCUGUUUGGGCGCCAUGACGUCCUUGGGGAGCUACAACAAGUACAAAUACAACUGCUACAGGGACUGUUUGCUGCUGGGAGCCCUCAACAGUGGUACCAGUUUUGUGUCUGGCUUCGCAAUAUUUUCCGUCCUGGGCUUCAUGGCACAAGAGCAAGGGGUGGACAUUGCUGAUGUGGCAGAGUCAGGUCCCGGCCUGGCGUUCAUCGCCUACCCCAAGGCUGUAACCAUGAUGCCUUUUCCUACACUCUGGGCAAUCCUCUUCUUCAUUAUGCUGCUGCUGCUUGGCCUCGACAGUCAGUUUGUGGAGGUGGAAGGGCAGAUCACAUCACUGGUGGAUCUGUAUCCGUCCUUCCUACGGAAGGGUUACCGCAGAGAGAUCUUCAUCGCUAUCAUCUGCUGCAUCAGCUACCUGCUUGGACUCACCAUGGUUACCAAGGGUGGCAUGUAUGUUUUCCAGCUGUUUGAUUACUAUGCAGCUAGCGGUGUGUGCCUUCUGUGGGUGGCAUUCUUUGAAUGUAUAGCUGUUGCCUGGGUUUAUGGUGUUGAUAAUUUCUACGAUGCACUUGAGGACAUGCUUGGCUACAGACCAAAUCCCUGGAUGAAAUGGAGCUGGACUAUUAUCACUCCUGUACUGUGCAUGGGCUGCUUUAUCUUCUCCUUGGUCAAAUACAAGCCAUUGACGUACAACAAGGUCUACGAGUAUCCUGAUUGGGCCGUCGGAAUAGGUUGGACUCUGGCCUUGACCUCCAUGAUCUGCAUCCCCAUGGUGGUUGUCAUCAAGAUCAUCCGAUCUGAUGGGCCGCUCAUCGAGAGGAUUAAGGCGGUGGCAGCCCCAGUUCGCGGCGGGGCCAGCUCCCGUCCCGCAGACCACCGUGGCCUCAAGGAGCUCACCUACCCUCUGGACCCCAAUGGGAACAAGGGCCUGCUGAUGAAGGCCCCCACCCACACCAUCGUAGAGACCAUGAUGUAAAGGACUGAGGGGGAGGCUCUCCAUGAGAUCGCUCUCCUCUCCUCUCCUCUCCUGUCCUCUAAGAUGCUUCUAAAGCUAGCUAGUUUUCUGUCUAUCUGUCUAUCUGUCUGUCUGGUGGACUGAUAAGGGUUUUAAGGAGGGGAAAAAAAAAAAAAAAAAAAAAAAAGAGUUCCCGUUUCAAAUCUUGUUGGAAUACUUUGGAAGUAGUUUGCUCUUGGUGGGUUUUCGUAAGAGGGUAGCAAUCACAUUUCAAAUCUAUUUCUGAAUUACUCACAAUUACUGGUGCUGGUCCUUUUUAUUCCUAUUUGUAAUAUCCAUGUGACUACAUGUCCCACUGUUGUCUUGUUUAAAGGCAGAGUGGCAGAUUAGCGCCGGCGUCUCGUCACACGCUGGUGGAUUUAUGUUUGUUCCAGCUUUUGCAGAAAACCAGCCAUUGUUCUAAAAAAAAAAGGAAGAAAGUGGUUUUUGAGUCUUGGAAUCAAACAGCGUUUUGUAGCCACAAUGUGAAAAAAACGUUUCCUGCAUUGAUCACAGAUCACCAAAAGCAGUUUUUAAGCUGUUCUUUGAAUAUUUAACAGCUCUUUUUUUCUGUGACUCAGUGGACAGGGUGACCUAAUCGCAAGACAUGUGCCAUAGGGUUCGACUUUCGCUUAUUCUGUUCAGCUGUGUUCAGAAGAGGCCCAGUUGAGAUGAGGCAGAAUAUCGAGGCACUAGAGGUACAUUAUUAAUUGAAAAAACACGUGUACCCAUGUCAGAAUUAGAGAUAGAGAUAUAAAGCCACAUAUCCCGCUUCAGUAAUAAGAAAUUCUGAUCGGAAAUAUUGUGAUGUAAUUUCAGCUGCACAAGGCGAGCUUUAUCGAGAGAAAUAUGACCUAAACCAAAAUCUUAAAAUGUGGCUGUCAAAAGCCCCGUUUCCACCAAACACUUUCGGUAUGGUACCUUUAGAACCAGAAGUAACCGUUCAGACAGGGUACCUAGACUCUAGCGUUUCCACCACAAUAAGGAACUCUUAUGUCGGCGGGCUCACUGCUCCGUCCAGCACUCACUGUAUUUUCUUCCUUUAUCAGCCUGCACCUCGCUUAUCGUCCACAGAACGAGGCUGCACACCGACAUUUUCUUAACAAGAGUCUCUCUCCAUGGGAUAUUUAAAAAAGGGGGGUUGUGUAUUUAGUCCUUCUCAGGCAAGCUCAGGGGUUUAGUGUUGCUGUAGCCCUCAAGAACGACGCUCCGCCAAUUUUUUUUUUUCUCGGAGUGAGGAUUGGGAUAUAAGCUGUCCCAGUCGAAAUCAGUAUAUAUUUAAACGCCUGGAGAUCCACAUUACUAAAAGUGUAUGUCAUGUAGUCAUUGAAAUUUAAGGUGUGCUGAUGGAUCGAGUGACAUUAGAAGUUAACGUUCCACCUUAAAAGUUGCCAGCAGUCGGCCCAGUGAAUGAAGUUAUUUUUCUGACUGUCUUCUAUUGACCAAUCAGACUGCAGUGUUCACAGCUCCACCUUUUAGUACCAGAUCUGUGUGCUAGGUACCCCAACAGAGGGGGGACCAAAAAUGGGGACGGUACAGAACGGUUCCAUUGGUACCAUCCACAACUUUUUGCAUUGGAAACGGAAAAAGUGUGCACAGAACUGAACUGUAACCGACUGCUCGGUGGAAACGGGGCUAAAGGGAAAAUCUCCCAGUUCCCACACAUGUUGCAUUCAUAUUCUUGCUUGGAGCUAAUCAGCAGCCUGGUGCAGCUAACAAGAAAAAGAAAUGUAGAAUUGACAGAGCCAUGACAGCCGGUGGCCCCUUAUCAAACCAGGAUCCCGGUUCUGAAAUGCACCUUAGCACAAAUAUCCCCAUCCUCCAUAGCCAUAAACUAUGGGUCAGAGAGAAAACUAGCACUGAGACGGUGUCGGGGAAACCCGCUCCUGCACAAAGACAGAGGUAUCUGAAAGGAUUUGAAGUGUGGAGGUUGAACCCUUGAGUGUGUUGUCUGUGGCGUACUGUACAGUAGUAGCUAAUCAGUCUAUCUAUAUCUAUCUCUCUAUCUAUCUUUCUCUGUCCUAGACCAGUUUACAGUACAUUAGUGACUGCACUAGGCACUCUUGGCUUACAAUUUUGGAUUGGAUUUAUUUUAUUUUCCACAGAGGAAGUUACAUUAUUAUUAGUUUUUCCUCUGUCAAUGUUUAGAUUUUUUUUAUUAAGACUAUAAUGUUAUUGAUAUUCACUAUUGAUGAUAAUUGCUGUAGUUUUACAUAGAAGAAGGAACACUUUGUUCAUCGGGUGAAAAUACUAAGCUAUUAUACAAAUCAUACAUUUACAGUGGCAGCCAUUGUAGUAAUAGUCCUCAUCCUUCAUUUCGCCAGCGUUGGUCCUGCCAGCAGUUCUGUCUUUGCAUCAAACAAACUGAUUUUUCCCAGAUAUUUUCUCUUUGGGGUCGAGCAUUCAGCGAGCAGUUCAACGUACAGUUAAAAAAAACAUGGGAAUUCUACAAUGGCUCCAUCUGUAAGAUUGUAGGCGUUGGGGGUUUAUAGCUUUUUCCUCUUCUGUAAAUACCAGGGGACAGUAUUUAAUUUGGAUAGAUUCAGCCGGACAGGGCACAGCAGCCAAUGGUUAAACAACAUGUCACUAACUCAAUGACUCAAAGCAACUAACAAAUCAGCCAGCGUCAGACUGUCGACUCGUCUGAGUGUCAAACUCUUUUCCAGACACUGUGAAAUGUGGCAGCUGGCUGCAGACAAAUCAGAGCCAGUGAAUGAAGUUUGGUCACGUUUUGUUUUUUUCCACAGUCACCAUGAGAGCUGGGAAGCUUCAUUUCAAACCAAAACGGCUCUAAAAAGCAAUCAGAAGGUGCAAGUUUUAGAAUCUGUACACGUUGCAGAUUCUAGUUUCUGCAACUUAGACGGUGUCAUUACACAAAUAUGUUUUGUGGCACAGCAACAGUAAAUAAAAUAUAAAUAAUUCUACGAAAACUUGAAAUGUCAGGACUUUAAAGGAAAACUUCACCAGCAAAAUGACCAUAUGUUAAUUACUCACUGCAUGUUAACUUGAACUUGCAUGCCUCUGUGGCGAACGGAGAAUCCAAAAAAGGCAAACAUUAUUCAUGAAUUGAAAAAACUCUCACACAACUCCUGCAGUGUCAUCCCAGAUUCAAGUUACAUUAUUGUCCCCAGGGAAUUUUUUUUCUUGGAUAUAAAAGCUGCCACAAAAAAUUCAUAAUGCAGAAACCGACAAAGUACCGCAGGGUUUCCCACACAUUCAUUUAUUUGGGUUCACCCGCCAUGAUCAAAACAUCUGCCACCACAAAUAGGUUUUUCCUUUUGGGGGAAGAAUGAUCACCAGAGCGCUGUGGGAAUAUACAUUUUUAUUUAUAUAGAUUUAUCUAGAUUUUUCCCACAUGGAAAUUCUGACCAGUCAAGAGCAGCUGUCUUGUGCAGGCUUUUGAUCUGGUCCGCUUGUAAAUGCUGCCGUGAGAAUACGAACCACCUUUAGGCAAUUGUGCAACCUUGUAAGAAAAUUAGUUGCUGAUUCAGACCAAAGGAGACAACUCUAGGUCUGAAAGCAGCCUAAAUGAAAAGGAAAAGUUCGCCUUUUUGGAUUCUCCGUUCACUGUGGAGGCAUGCAAGAUAAACUAAGUUUUUUCAUGAAUUCAGCGUGCGUAUUUCAUAUACAAAUAGUCAUUUUGUGGGUGAAGUAUUCCUUUAAAAUGCUGCCUGGAAUUUAACUUAAUGCUAACUGAAAACCAAAAAUGAAUAGAGCAGUAAACUAAUAUUCUAAUUAAUGAAAGCUGUGAAAUUGGACACUGUAAGUAAAUCAGAAGUUGUAUCCGACACCCCUAAAACCUGCACUUAACAUAUGCUUACACAGUUAGAGCCUCAACUUCAGUCUUUAUGAGGCCAUAAUAAUGUCGAUGUGAGCCGUUAACAACUGAAAGCAGACUAUCUGAGAAGUAUGACAUUCACAACAUUCACUUUAACAUGUCUGUGUAACAAUGAGUUUCCCAUGUGUAAGUGUCACCAGGGACCAUCCACUCAGGACCUUCUCUGUAGUGCUUUUAUCUACUGUAUAGCUGCAUUAACCCAGCGUCCAAAAAAUUAACUGUGGGUGACUGAGAGCUAACAUUUAACGGUAGCAAUUGAAAAUUGAUGUUUUUGUCCAGCGUGAAAGGCCACUGGAUCAGUUCUCUGCCACACAGGAUGGAAAAAUCAGAGUCAAAGAGAGUUUUUAUUGCACCUUAUUUGUAUAAUUUGGACUUCAUAUCAGACAAUGAGGCCAAAAGAAAAACACUGCCAUCUUUUUAUUCAGGGUCCUAAAGUUAAAAAAAAAAAAUCAACUAAAAAUCUGAAUACUGUCAAAACUCUUGAAGUGCUUCUGUUCACCAACAAGCAAAUUAAAACAGAUCAAAAUGUUCGUACACAGCACACAUGUGUUGCAGGAAUUUGACCAACAGCGUCACGUCCGAUGUGAUCGUGAGACCAGGGCCUCAUUUCGUGUGUCAUCGAAGCUUAUGUUUAUUUAAUUUCUUUAAAUAGAAUAAAGUAGUUCAUAUCAUUAAAAGGGAUUUGUGAAACCAAAUCCGCAGCAGACAUCUAUUUUCAUACAGUAACAAACUUUUCCUAUAUAAGUCGUCUUUGUACAGCUAAGCUCCCAUUCCAGACCUCCCAUUUUAAUACUGAUACAAAGCUUCGUUUUAAUCUUAAACUUUUGUACAGAUCUGGUUCUCGAUUCCUGGGAAAGAUCUUUGCACCAAGGAGAAGAAAAAUGAUGCUGAAAGGAAAGAUUUGUCAGCGAGAACAACAGCAUCGGAAACGUUAAAUUGAAGUCUAACAAAACUGCACAGAAAAUUUGGACCUUUAAUUUCAUCUGCUGCAAAGAUUAAAAACACAAAAAUAGAUUUAGGCUGGGCAUAUUUGAACUUCAAUGCUCUCCAAACUGAGUAAAAUCCCUCCCUGGUGCAAAGAUCCUUCUCUUGGUGGGAAAACAUGAACCACAAUUAAUAACUAAUGCAGUCAUUUAUUGGUUUCUUCUGCCUCUCUGUGUAUAUUUACAGUAUGUACCAGUCCCUCUGCCUUCUUACACUCCCCUUCAGUUAGCCUACGUAAACCCUCUGUUAACCUAAGCUAACCGAUUUUUCUUUUUCCUCAGAGAUAAUGAAUUUGCAAGAGAAUCGAAGCAUUAGCGAUGCACAAGUUUUUACCGCCGAAUGUUGAAAUGUGAAAGUCACCUGCGGGUGAAUGUAAAAGUUUCUGAAGAUUUAUUUUUUAGGGUGAAAAAAAAAAGAACUUGUUUCUUUUUUUUAUUUUUACUGAUCUUGUUUUAUUGAAUUUAGACGUUUUAUUUUAUUUUUUUGAUCGUGUGUCUGUCACAUUUGCCUUUUGUAUUCCAAAUAUAGUGUAUUUGAACCUCUGUCAUUGGAGUAACAUGUACAACUAUCAAUCAAAAAAAAAAGUAAAAAACAAACAAAAAAAAACUACGAUUUGUUAUGUGCAAUACUUUGUAGAAUACUUUUAUUUUUCUUGCUGUUUUUUUUUUUCCCAAGAGGUGGUACUAACCUUUGAAGUAAGACGAUAGCCUGUGAAUUCUUGAUGAAGAAAAAUUUGAAUCUUCAGGGUCCAGUUAGAUUAAAAAAGAAAAACCGCCACAAAAUGCUUUGCAGUGUGGAACGAAACCAAAUUAAACCACUAUUCCAUCAAAGAUCUCGUGGUUUGAAAUGCACUGAGAAUGAUACUAAAACGUUGUCACAUCAAACUGAAUUUCUUAGUGAAACGCUGUCUUUUUUUUAUUUCUGUGACAGACUUAGUUUGUGAGGGGUAUGAAACACAGUAACACUGCCACUAAGCCCACCAUCUUUCUACCUGCCUAUCUAUUUAUCUGCUGCGUUGCUCAAAAUCAGGCAGCUUCCCAAAAGCACACCAGCGCCAACAUUUAUCGUCUCUAACCUACAACACAUCAGCAACAUCUCCAAAAUCUACCGUUUAAGACUCGAGUCUAAUUUGCUCAUGAUGGAACAAAUACCUGCUUUUGGGAAGCCUGGCCCUUGGCGACACAAGCAGUAAAUCCAAUAAAAAUCGAGAUUACACCAUAUCAAAUGUGGGCUUUUCUUUUAAAACCUUGUAUGCAAUUUUUACAUUCUGCUUAUCCAGACAUUUCUAUCUAAAUCCAACUGCGCCAAACCCUGCAACCUUAGUGCUUUAUCAAAGAAACUGAAGAACCAAACUUCAUCUGCGCAGGAACAGACAACCUGAUUUUAAAUCCCAUGUUGCCUCCAUCGUGUUCGUGUGAAAGCGCCACCAUAUCUGCAGGAUUCAGAAUCUGAUUGUUUGUUUCUGUGAAAAAGAUGCAACGUAAGACCAUACAGAUGUGAUCUUUGGGCUGUGUAGAGGUGACACAAACUCUGUUUUAUCACUGAAGUCACUCUGUGCAAAGGAGGAUUAAUGAGGCUCUGUUUCCUUUAUGCAACGAUCAUCUUCAUUCUCUGGGUUGAAGUUUGAAAAAGAUGUCCUGACUUAGAAAACCAGUUAUGAUGUAAUUCUUUUCUGGCAUUUUAAGCUUCGAUUAAGUUCAGACAUGUGAGGACAAGACUCUAACAACGACACAAAAAGCUGUAAAACCAUCUUCCCCCCUUUAACUUAAACGUUUGUGAUCUUAGCACUCUGGGAAACGGAGUCCCACUCAUCCUCCUCCAUCCUCUCUGUCGCCAGAUUCAUUCUGAUCAUGGUCUCCAAUGACAAUGCCUCUGUCUUUCCUGCAUUAUACUGUAUGCCAGCCCUUCCUUUUUUGAGAAUGUACAUGGGAAAAUGUUUUUUAAUUCUUGGUGAAGAAAAAAACAUUUUUAAAAAGAAUUUGAAAGGUUUUAUUUUUUAUUUCUAUGGCCAACCUGUAAGCUAGGUGAAAAAAAGACAAAAAAAAUAUGUGUUUGAACAGGUUUUACAGAGGUGUAAAACUUUUUUUAUUUCUUAAUAAAAAAUUUGUCUUCAGAAAA